AUGCAAGGCCGUUUUGGCUUAAAAAGAAAACACGAGGCCGAGACCGACCCGGGACUGGCACCCUUCGGGGGGUUUUUGCGGGCCAGAGGGGUUGAAGGCGUGCUUUGCGCCAGCCUAUUGCAGGUGCUGGCGAUAUUCAUGGUGAUACCGGCACCAAGCCGGUUAUAUGAGUACUUGAAGGACCAAUGGGCCCAUAUGGGCCAAAAACGAAUAACACAAAUGUUCAAUAACGCAACACUGGAUCGCGACGACGACGACUUACUUGAAGCGCUGUGCCAGAUGCGCGGCAUAAUGCUCCUGGUGCACCCACUUAAUACGGGUGCACCGAUCAAAAUAUACGGACAAAGCCGCCUGGUAUUUGAGGCGGCGCAACACAACGGAGCUUAUGCCGCGCUACUAACGUCAGCUAAUACUGGAACUAACCCGUCGUCGCCGAAACGACAGAAAAUAACAACUGACAUCAUUAACCCAUCGAACUUACCUGGACCAUCUAACAUGCCACUAAUGAAACAUCUAAAACCAACUAACGCAGUACCAAUGAUAGUAACAUUACGCACACCACGAAAUGACAAUGACUCACCAGCAACAACCUCACGUCCGGACCUAACACCUGACGCAACUAACCCAUUCCUCAACUCAACAAUUGACGUCUCCUCACCUCCCUCACCAGCCUCAACAAUAACAACUGACACAACAACUCACACCACCACUGACUGUACUUACAAUCUAAGACACCCGCGACGUGAGGCUAACCGUCUAACAACCCGACCACGUCCGCAGGAGUUCCAGCCAACUAACAUCGCCUUACUUAACCCUGGACUCCUGGCCGAGCUGGCGAAACCACUAACAACGCCUUACUCAAUUCAUAACAAUAAAGUUUACUGCCAGCUCGAAGGCUGUACCAGGCGCGCCACACCAUUCGCUACCGUGGCCGCCUGGAAAAUCCACGUGCGGAGGGCCUCAUGCCACCAGACUAACAACCUCUGCACGUGGUGCGGACAUCGCGUGCUCGUGCCGUCGGACCUCUCGGCACACCAACUAACACUUCGUAUGGAUACUCACCGUGCCGAGAGGUGUCCAGCCGCCCCCAAAAAGAUCGUGGGGGCACGUCAUAACACCAUCGAACGGCUCCGGGAGCUCGGCCGCGACUGCUCCCACAUAGCGGUCCCCGGAGCCGCAACGGCCGACACGCGGGUCGGGAAACGCCGUAACUCCAUCUAA